CUCUUCGCCUACAGCUUCCGGUUCCCCUGCACAGUUUGAAUCGGUCCCCGGUAGCGACGCGGGCGGCAGCGCCGAGCGGGUGAGCAGCAAACUGUGCAAACACAAACACACAGACAGAGUGAGCCGGGCACGGCAGUCUGCACUGGGCAGAGUUAGCCAUAACUUUUUUUUUUUUUGAUUGUCCUGGGAGGACUCCACUGUAUGUUCAUGUGAACUUGUCAUCUGUCAACAUCCUCACUGAGCUCAGUGACUGCCCACAUCACAACUCCCAUCACACACAGCCAGCAGGCUCAUGGGAGCUGGAGUCCCAAUAACAGAAACAAGAUGCACUUUGCCCGCCUCUGACACUUUGUUUUUGUUGCUAUGAACAUAUUAAGCUUGUUUGAGCAGUUUGUAAUUGUCUAAUUUUAUUGUUAAAUUUCCCCUCUUUUUAGAAUAUUGUAAAGGCGCUGCGGAAUAAGUUGGCGCUAUAUAAAUACCAAUAGUAAUAUUUGCCCUGGGAAAGAUAUGUAGGUGAGUACAAAUACUCACGUUCUCUCACACACACAUUUCUACUUGUAGCCUGCUAUUCCUCAUAACAUAUAGUUUAGUUUUUUUUCUUCAAUUUAUCGUAUACCUCUGGUAUCAUCAGUUGUUUUAGUAAAACAGUUUUGCAGAAGAACACCCUGGGAGUUUGUAAUGUCUGAUACAAACAAUGUGGUCAUAUUUACUUAUUUAUUGCUGAGAUUUAUAAAGCGCCAACAUAUUCUGCAGCGCUGUAUAAUGGGGGAAAAAGACAGUACAAUAUAAACAGACCAAUACAAAAGGUAGAGCACUCUGCCCGUGAGUUUACAAUCUAAAAUUCUAACGCAUAUGUUGCUGAACAGUUAUGUCUAACUGCUGCUAAUAAAGUUGUAAUGAUCUGUUCUGGACUCUCCAGACACGAAAUAACACUUUUUUUUUUUUUAUUGCAUGAUGCAGGCCGAUAUUUCUGACUUAUGUUUGCAUGAAAUCUUUAGUGUCUCCUGGUUCUGAAGCUUGGAAAUGGUUGGGGUAUCUGUUCCUACUACAGUUUACUGGGAGAGCAGUUUUGUUUAUAAAUAUUUCUGCUGUUUAUGGGGUGUUAUAAGAUAGGCACAGCUCUUUCAUGUAAAUGUAGACUUAAAGUAGCUAAAUAGCAAUGAUUUAUACACCAAACAAAAAUGAACUUAAUGUGAAAAAUAAUAUGAGCAUGUAUGCAUCCUGUAAAUACUAAUCACUGCACAGGAAACAUGACGUGUAUUUUUUGCAAUAUUACUCAAAGUGAGAAUCGCGGAAGCGGCCCCUUAUGGCUGUCAGUGUCACAGCUACUAGACGCUGGAUUAACCCUCAGUGUAAACAUAGCAGUUUCUCAGCUGCAGGGUUAAAACUAGAGGGACCUGGCACCCAGACCACUUCAUUGAGCUGAAGUGGUCUGGGUGCCUAUAGUGGUCUUUUAACAGUAUCAAUUCUGUCCAACAUGAACAACACAAAGUGAGAGCGCUUGGCUAACCCACAAUAUCACUGCUGUUCAGGAUGGCUGAAAUAUUUAUUUACAAAUACACAUUGCAGAAUAUGUAGAUAAUUGUAUGCACAAUUCUGACAAGUAUUAUUGCAGUAAAUCUCUGACAUUGUAAUUAGUUCCCUGAUGUUCUGUAAUACUCAUACACAUUGAAUAUUACAAUUAAAAGGACACUAUAGUCAUGAAAACAACUUUAGCUUAAAGGGACACUAUAGUCACCAGUACAACUACAGCUUAUUGAAUUUGUUCUGUGUGUAGAAUCGUUACCUUCAGGCUUUUUGCUGUAAACACUGUCUUUUCAGAGAAAAUGCAGUGUUUACAUUACAGCCUAGUGAUAACUUCACUGGUCACUCCUCAGAUGGCUGUUAGAGAUCCUUCCUGGGUCAUGGCUGCCUAAAAUGCAUCCAAACAUUCAGUGUCUCCUCCCUCUGCAUGCAGACACUGAACUUUCCUCAUAGAGAUUAAUUAAUUCAAUUUAUCUCUAUGAGAAGAUGCUGAUUGGCCAGGGCUGUGUUUGAAUCAUGCAGGCUCUGCAACUGAUCUGCCUCUUUGUCAGUUUCAGCCAAUCCUAUGGGGAAGCAUUGUGAUUCUGAGUUGAACAGCAUGUAGAGUUACAGCUUCUGGCAUGAAUACAGUAAGACUUUGCUACAUUUAUGGAGGCAUGAGGGGCCCAUGGGGGGCUAGAUGUAUGUGAUUAAAGGUCAAUUUACAGAGCAAGAUAUACAAUUGUUUAAGGUUAAUUACAUCUAAUUUGAAAGUGAAACCAUUUUUUUUUUUUUUUCAUGUAGGCUGUGUCAAUCAGAGCCAGGGGAGGUGUGGCAAUGGCUGCAUAAACAGAAACAAAGUGAUUUAACUCCUAAAUGGCAGAGAAUUGAGCAGUGAAACCUGAGAGACCUGAUCUAUACACUAAAACUGCUUCAUUAAAGGACCACUAAAGGCACCCAGACCACUUGAGCUCAAUGAAGUGGUCUGGAUGCCAGGUCCAUCUAGGGUUAACCAUUUCUGCUGUAAGCAUAGCAGUUUCAGAGAAACAGCUAUGUUUAUAUUAGGGUUAAUCCAGCCUCUAGUGGCUGUCUCAUUGACAGCCCCUAGAGGGUUUCCGCGCUUCUCACUGUGAUUUUCACAGUGAGAAGACGCCAGCGUCCAUAGGAAAGCAUUGAGAAUGCUUUCCUAUGAGACUGGCUGAAUGCGCGCUCAGCUCUUGCCGUGCAUUCAGCCGAUGACGGAAGAAGAGGGAGUAGAGUCCCGGCGCUGGAGAAAGGUAAGAGUUUAACCCCUUCUUCCCUGUAGAGUUUGGCGGGAGGGGGGCCAUGAGGGUGGGGGGGACUUAUUAACACUAUAGUGCCAGGUAAACGAGUUUGUUUUCCUGGCACUAUAGUGGUCUUUUAAGCUAAAGUUGUUUAAGUGAUUAUAGUGUCCCUUUAAGUUCAUUGCUUUGGAAAUCUGCAGUUAUCUCACUCUCCAAGGUUCUAUAAAGACUUAGGGACAUUACAAACUGGGAGGGUCAGAAAAUUACUGCCUCAAGGAAUAUGAUAGUUCAUUGUAUAAUUGUUUUAAAUAGAUCUCAUAGUAUGACACUUGUGACUCUUGGUAUCAGUAUAACAUUUUCUCAAAUUUCCCUCUGUUUUCUGACUGUUGCCUCUUUUUGUUAUUGCUGAAGUCUAACGGUUUAGUUUCAGUUCUCUAUCAUACUGUUGUCAUUUUACAUUCUUCAGUCUUCUCCUUUUUGUUUUCUCUUGUUUUUUUAAAAGUGUUUUUUUUUUUUUUCCUACUAGUAAAAUGAAGAAAUGUUUAUGAUGGAUCAUGAUGCUCCUACAAUCAAACCUCGAAGAAUUCAGAACCAAAAUGUAAUUCACAGGCUUGAACAACGAAAAAUAAGUUCUGGUAAGCCUGGCUCCCACUGGCAUCAAGUGCGUAUUUUUCAUCAGAAUGUCUUUCCGAACUACACUGUAGUCAAUGUGGAAAAGCCUCCUUGUUUCCUUCGCAAAUUUUCCCCUGAUGGCAGAUAUUUUAUUGCAUUUUCGUCUGACCAGACUUCAUUGGAAAUCUAUGAAUAUCAAGGCUGCCAGGCUGCUGAAGAUCUACUGCAUGGAUAUGAUGGAGAAAUACUGGCUAACUCCAAUGAUCAGAGGUCCAUAAAUAUUCGUGGGAGGCUCUUUGAGCGUUUUUUUGUACUUCUUCAUAUCACCAAUGUAGCUUCCAAUGGAGAGCACUUAAAUCGUGAGUGUAGCUUAUUUACGGAUGACUGUCGCUAUGUCAUAGUUGGGUCGGCAGCCUAUCUUCCAGAGGAGCCAUAUCCACCUUUUUAUGAAAUAUACAGGAAUAGUGAAUCAGUAACCCCCAACCCUAGAUCUCCGUUGGAAGAUUAUUCUUUACAUAUAAUAGAUCUUCAUACAGGGAAGCUGUGUGACUCACGAACUUUCAAAUGUGAUAAAAUCAUCUUGUCUCAUAAUCAAGGCCUUUACUUGUACAAAAAUAUUCUGGCAAUACUUUCUGUACAGCAGCAGACAAUUCAUGUUUUUCAGGUGACCCCAGAAGGAACAUUUAUUGAUGUACGGACAAUUGGUCGAUUUUGCUACGAAGAUGAUCUGCUAAUAUUGUCAGCUGUUUACCCAGAAGUGCAACGUGAAACUCAAACUGGAAUGGCAAAUUUAUACAAAGAACCAUUUAUAAACUCAUUAAAGCACAGGUUGCUUGUAUACUUAUGGAGAAGGGCAGAGCGGGAUGGUAGUGCAAUGGCCAAAAGAAGAUUUUUCCAGUACUUUGACCAGCUGAGGCAGCUUCGUAUGUGGAAGAUGCAAUUAUUGGAUGAAAACCACUUGUUUAUAAAGUAUACAAGCGAAGAUGUGGUUACCCUUCGAGUCAACGAUCCAUCACAGGUACAGGUAUAGACAAAUUAUCUCAAUUCAUUUAAUCUAGAUCAUUAUAAAUGUUGUUAAUUUCCUUUUUUAAAGGGAUACUAUAGCGUUGGGAAUACAUUUUUGUAUUCGUAAUGCUUUAGUCUCUCUGACCCUCGUUAUGUAGGUCCCACCACCUCAGUGAGUCCCAUUAAAAUAAAACCUUUUCCUGGCCCUUUUUCAGACUUGCUCAGUGCUGCUAACUUCUAAUCCUGCAACAUAAUGGAUGAGGCAUGGUCUCUUCCAGUGUUGUCUAAUCCAGUACUCCUAAUAAAGGAGAAUUAGGGACAUGAUGCAUGGGUCCAAACUAUUGAUUCAAUGCUUUCUUAUGGGGGCUUCUGUGUGACAUGACCAAUGCUUAAUUUGUCAGUGCAGGGGAAGGGUUUCCAGUGGCUGCCAGUGCAAUGGUUAAAUUGACAGGACAACUGCAUUGAGAUGAAAAGGCCUGGAUGGCUUUAGUGGUCCUUUAGGAACUGUCUGUCAGAAUACUUAAUACUGUCUUAGGAGGUCACUCUUAAAUUACCAAACCGUUGGUAAUACAGCAGAAUCUGAAUACUCUGCUAUUCUUAAGUAAACUUCCUAGUUCGCUGUUCUACGUACCACGAUUAGUAAGCAACUAUAAUAAAGCAACUAAAUAAGAAAUGAUCAGAUGUAUGUGUUUUGGCAUUUGAUUUUCUGUAACACAUACAUUUGAUCACUUCUUAUUUAGUUACUUUAUUAUAGUUGCUUACUAAUCGUGGUACGUAGAACAGCAAACUAGGAAGUUUACUUUAGAAUAGCAGAGUAUUCAGAUUCUGCUGUAUUACCAACGGUUUGGUAAUUUAAGAGGCUCUCCAGCAGGGCAACACAGCCUUUGUUAAUGGGUUGUGCAGAUAAAGCAUUACAAAAAAUAUGCAAAACCAUUCAUUAAAGAUAGUAAUAAAUUACUCAUCAAAGCACUCACAAGUAAGCAGCAAUUUAUCUGUAUUAUCAAACAAAUUAUGAAACAAACUUGAAAAAAUAACAAACAUUCUAAAUGGACAAACAAAUAUAAUGAAAGAACUCUACCACAGAAUAAAUAUAACCAAAUUAGUACAUUAUGUAGCUGGCCCUGCUAAGUUUUCCUUAAGAAGUAGUAUAGGUAGCACAAUACCCAAAUCAUACUUCUGAGUCACUUUGUAACUUAGUGACUGCAGCAGUUUAAAAAAAGCACCUUUAAAAAAACAAAGUAUUCUUGCUAAUUACAUUCCCAGCUACUGUUGGAUUCUUUCAUUUAUGAGAUGGCCUUCCCAUGUUGCCAGCAAGUCUAGGUGCUGGGCAAGCAUUUUUCUUCCUUUUAGUACUUUAGUCCAGGAGAUCGUGGCAUCAACACUUUCUUUACACGUGUGCGAUCACCAGUGCCGAGACCUUCUUAUUCACAGCAGGCAUAGUUAGGUCUCACUGUCAAAGUCCAAGUGAGUUUGGGUGCACGUGAGAGCUGUGAUUUGUGCAUUGCCCUGCCUUCCCCGUAACCACAGAACGUGGAUUAAAAACUAUCACCUCUGCCAUGCCGCAAUCCUAAUGGGCUUCCUUGUUAAGGCAGAUAUUUCAAAUAUGUGAAAGUGCAUCUACGUUUCACAUACACUGUAAAUACAAAAUACUCAAGGCAAUGGAGUCACACACACACACACACACCUGCAAGUUGUUGUGUUUUUUUUUUUAAGUUUUCACACCCCCUCCUAACACACUGUGGCGGACCGUCUGGCUGGGUGCCUCCGCCAAUCGCUGCUUCCUAGUGCAUACCGAGUACCACAAGCACCGCACCAGACACCAUUAGCACUGUAGUCCCCACUUCCAGCAUUACAGCUUGACUGGGGUCUUGCUGUCCUCCACCCACCCUGGACCCAAGACCAAGAUCCAGCUUCCAGUGGGUAGACCUCUCCUCCAUGAGAGUGUAGCAAUAUGCUCUUAAAAGAGCAAGUGAUUAUAACCCAGGGGAGUAUAGUGAUAUAGCAAUCCCCAGAGUAGAUGAGACUCUAUGUUGAGGGUAUGCAGGAACUCAUUUAUUGGCAGCCACAACCUGCCUUAUAUGCAGGUCCCCAUGCAAGGGGCACUCCCUCCUGGUCCUGAGAGUAGACUACAGUAAAAACAUACACACGAUUACAUUGGCUCUCAGGUCCAGGAUACUCCCAUACAAAAUAGGUUAAUCCCUCCUCUGUGCUUAAGAGAGAAUUGAGUCAAGCACUGUAUUAAACUCAAUUAUCUCCAGGCACAGAAAACAUACAUUUUUACAAAACCCCCACAAAAGUUACAUCCCCUGAUACCCCUGAUUUGGGUGAUUUUUGAAAAUGUUGGUCACUGAGAUCGGUUCAGGAAUUUCCAGGAAGUCAUAAUUUGACCGAUUGCACGCAUGGUCCCAUGCCCAAAACAAAACAGUUCAAGAGAAUUACCAGAUUUUACUAAUUACAUGACGUAAAGUCAUGAUUUUAUAAAGGACACGGAGGCGAGUAUUAGGCUUUAUCUCUUUCUUUAUUCCUCAGCAGCAAAGAAAGGAUAUUGAUAUUUUUUAAUAUAGCAAUAACAAAAAGAAAAAACAAAUACCCUUAAGGGUUAACCAUAUAACAUUCCAUAUCCAUUAACCAAUAGGAUCAGUCCUUGUACUAUAUCCCUUCAUGUGAGGUAAACUACUUCCUCUUUCUGGCUGACGCCGAAGCUGAACACAUCAACAAGGGAACAUUUUUUCUCAAACUUGGGUAAUCUUUCGUAGGGGUUCCGGCGAAUGUUCCAAAUAAUGUCGAGAUAGUGGACGAUCCCGGUUAUGUCAUCACAGGGUUAAGCUGUAGGAGACAGAGAGAUGUAUGGUAAAAUAUAUUCGAAUAUCGUUGUCAUGCAUAUACAUUGUACCGGUCCUUAGACAAACGUUUAUAUCUGAAAACAUUGCUUGCGACAUUCUAGCAUAAAUCAGUCUAAAUUGCAGUUAUUACCCUAUAACUUAGCUUCUAAACAUCCAAAAUGCUAUAACUUGUUUAUGAGCGAGUGGGUGGGAAAAUUGCAUGUACGGCUUACCUUUCAGUGGGCGGGCUAAUACUCGCCUCCGUGUCCUUUAUAAAAUCAUAACUUUACGUCAUGUAAUUAGUAAAAUCUGGUAAUUUUAUUAAAGGACACGGAGGCUCUUAUUAGGCUAGUUUAAAGCUGUGAUAUGACCCUAGAUGAGAUAUGUUCUGUUGGUCUAAAGUAGUAUUCCUUGAACGUCGAUUCUCGGGAUCAGUCAGCUGUGCGGAGGAGGUCUUCCAGUUUACAUCCAAUGGAGAAUGCUUUAGAGGCCAUAGCGCCUCUGGUAGAGUGUGCUCCGUAAGCGGCUGUGUCGAUGUUAGCAUUUGACAUUAUCCAUUUCACCCAACGUGUCAGAGUUCCCGUGGAUACCGGUUGAUGAGGUUUCCUCAUUGCCAAGAAUAAAUUAUGUGUGUUUGGGUUCCGGAAUGGCUGGGUCCGUAAUUCAUAUUCCUGCAGGCAUGCUACCGGGCAGAGGUUAGCGUUGUGAGGAAAGGAGGGAUAGAAGACUGAAGUGGUGUUUGACUUUGUACGUCUGGUGAUAUUAAACAGGACACCAUCCGGUGUGAAUGAUCGUGCAUCGAUAUCCAAGGCCCUCACGUCUGAUACCCGUUUGCAGGAAAUUAAGCAUAGAAGCAUCGCUAAUUUUGCAGACACUUGCUUGAGUGUUAGGUUCGAGUUUGGGGGCCAAUCUUGCAACAAACGAAGGACCAUAUUCACAUCCCAUAGGGCCGUGUAACGAGGUUGUGGCGGACGUGCAAAUUUUAUGCCCCGUAGGAGACGACAGAUCCAUAAGUGCUUCCCAGCCGGGAAGCCUUCCCAACCAGUGUGCCCAGCUGAAAUCGCUGACCUGUAGACAUUUAUGGUGCGAUAAGCCAAGCCUUGAUCGUAAAGGGUAGUAAGGAAACCCAAAACCUGGUUUAUAGGAGCACGUAUGGGAUCCACGUGCCGUUCCACGCACCAACUACGCCAUGUGUUCCAGGCAUGGGCAUAGGAACAAAUGCAAAAGAAUAAUAAGCGCUCUCUUCUCAGGGGUGAGCAGCAGUUCACCAACAAGGUGUUCCUCUACCUUGUGAUAAAUAGACAGAUAAAAUAGAAAGGUGAACAGCGCUAAAAAUCAGAAAAUGUACAUACGUUUUGUAGAAAUACUGGCCAGCAGAGUAACUUAAAAAAAAGAGAAACAAAAAUACAAAUAAUGGUACAGUAUGUAUGAACGAUAUAAUUCCACAAGAACAAAGGUGUUAUAUUCACACUCACACUUUGAGGAGCUAUAUCAGCUCGGUGUUAAGAGCCUGGCGGAAUAAUCCCCGUCUAUGGAUUUCUUGAGGUUCAAGACCGUUGGUGAAUUUAUAGGUGUAAAUAUUCGUUACAUGAAAAACAAGAGUAAAAUACACCACAUGGUAUAGUACGUAAAUAUAAAACGAUUAAAUAUAAAAGUAUGCUGCUGAGAAAAAAAGUGGUAUGAUCCUACUUUUGCGGAGCACCACUGCUCUAGUUUGACAAAAGGAAUGACUGCAGGUGUUUAAAAAAUAUAUAUACUUUAAUACAAUAAGUAAAAAGUGAAUAAUAAACUAUAAAACCAGUCCUGUUUAAAAGUCCAAAAUUCUUCCUCACUUGACGCGUUUCGCCGAAUAUAUGCUUGCUGCUUGGGGUCCUUGAGAUUUUACCUUCUCUGAUGAGAUAAUCGAUUCUCAUCAUCAGAGAAGGUAUAUAAUCUCAAGGACCCCAAGCAGCAAGCAUUCACUUUUGAGAAAGCUUCGGUGAAACGCGUCAAGUGAGGAAGAAUUUUGGACUUUUAAACAGGACUGGUUUUAUAGUUUAUUAUUCACUUUUUACUUAUUGUAUUAAAGUAUAUAUAUUUUUUAAACUAUCCAGUCAUUCCUUUUGUCCUCCUUCCUAUCCAAUACUGCUUUGCUGCUAUACCUGGGUCCACUAUAUCCCAAGGUGGGAUUAUUCCACCUGAAAUUCUUCAAACUAGAGCAGGUCGUUGCUCUAGUAUAUGUAAGUAGGAUCAUCCACUUUUUUUUUCACAAUAUUUUAUAUUUACGUACUAUACCAUGUGGUGUAUUUUACUCUUGUUUUUCAUGUAACGAAUAUUUACACCUAUAAAUUCACCAACGGUCUUGAACCUCAAGAAAUCCAUAGACGGGGAUUAUUCCGUCCAGGCUCUUAACACCGAGCUGAUAUAGCUCCUCAAAGUGUGAGUGUGAAUAUAACACCUUUGUUCUUGUGGAAUUAUAUCGUUCAUACAUACUGUACCAUUAUUUGUAUUUUUGUUUCUCUUUUUUUUUAAGUUACUCUGCUGGCCAGUAUUUCUACAAAACGUAUGUACAUUUUCUGAUUUUUAGCGCUGUUCACCUUUCUAUUUUAUAUGGGCAUAGGAACGUCUUGUCCCUGGGGCCCAAGCUCCUGCCAAUAAGUCCAAAGUUGCUUGUGAAACAUUCGGCAUGGUCCAGGGUCCCCGGAGAGGAGCCAUGUGAGGAGUCUGAGAUGACCUUGCACCAGAAGUGGAUGAGAGUUCCCAUCGGGGUCUGAUAAUAAUUCCGUGCUCCCUGGAAUCAAUCUGGGGAGGUCGAUUGACAUUUCCAUGAGCGAAGGGAACCAUGGCUGUGCCGUCCAGAACGGUGUUAUCAAAACCAACGAUGCUCGGGAGCGCUGUAAGUGUAGGAGAGUUUGCGCUAUGAGUGAGAAAGGGGGGAAGGCGUAUAGCCUGGUGUUCGGCCAAUUCUGUAGGAAGGCAUCCACUGCCGUGGCGUCUGGGUCCGGUCUCCAGCUGAAGAAUGAGGGGAGUUGAGCAUUCAGUCGGGAGGCAAAAAGGUCGAUGUGCAUCGGACCCCAGAGUUGGUGGAGCUUCUGGAAUACUGUGCGAUUCAAUUGCCAUGCACUGUUGUCUCGUAAAUGCCUGGAGUGCCAAUCCGCUACGGUGUUGGAGAGGCCUUGGAGGUAUUCCGCCUGUACGGAUAUGUUGCGACUCAGGCAGAAAUGCCAGAAUUCUUUCGCCAAGUUUGUGAGGGUUGAGGACCUCGUGCCACCCAAGUGGUUGAUGUAGCGGACGGCUGAGACAUUGUCCAUGCGCAGGAGUAUGGAACAAUUGGUCGUGUGUCCGAGGAGGCUCCGUAGGGCGAAUGACCCAGCCAGGAGUUCCAAACCAUUGAUGUGGAGUUCUUUUUCUUCGGAAGACCAUUUUCCACCUGUAGAGGUAGGACCACAGCGGGCCCCCCAUCCCAGUCUGCUCGCGUCGGAUUCUAUGACUAGAUCCGGAGUGGCGCCGAAGAUUGCCUUGCCGUUCCAUGCUUCCAUGUGUUGAAGCCACCAUGCCAGUUCCUCUUUUGCCGCGCAGUCUAGAGGUACAGAAUCUGAAUAGGAGUGACCCAAGCGUAGGUGAGUUGCCUUGAGUUGUUGUAGGGAUCUGUAGUGGAGAGGGCCUGGGAAGAUCGCUUGUAUAGAGGCCGAGAGCAGGCCAAUUAUCCUGGCUAGCUGUCGGAGGGUUAAGACUGGUCGAGUCAACGUCCUCCGGAUUUCCUUCUUGAUAAGUUUUACUUUCGCGGUAGGAAGACUGAGCGUUCCGUGUACUGCGUCUAUAUCGAAGCCCAAAAACUCUAUCGAGUGUGAAGGUUGUAGGAUCGAUUUGUCCCAAUUGAUUAGGAAACCUAGGUUUUGCAAAAGGGUCACUGUUCAGAAUAGGUGUUGAUUCAGGAGCUGUGUGUCUUGAGCCAUGAUCAGCAUGUCGUCGAGGUAUAUGAUCAGACGUACACCUCUGCUGCGAAGGAGGGCAACUACCGGUUUCAGCAGCUUGGUGAAGCACCACGGGGCUGAAGACAGGCCGAAAGGGAGGCAGCGGAAACGCCACAUCGUCUGUUCCCAUUGGAAUUGCAGGAAUUGUUGACAGUCCUCGGCCAUCGGUAUUGUGAGGUAUGCAUCCUGGAGGUCCAACUUUACCAUCCAGUCUCCCAGUCUUAGUAGGUCUCGGAGGCAGUGUAUUCCUUCCAUCUUGAAGUGAUGGUAGGUGACAAAGGCGUUGAGAGGCCGCAAGUUUAUUACUGGCCUCGUGCCUCCACCUUUCUUGGGUACUAGGAAGAUGUUGCUUAGGAACCCGGGGGCGGUAAUGGGAACCCUGUAUAUCGCACAUUUUUCCUCCAGUGUGCGAAUCUCUUUUAACACUAGCGGUUUGUCUUGUGGGGAAAAAACAAUCCGAUGUGGCAAUGAGAGUUGAAUCGGCUGUUGUGUAAAUUCGAUGUGAUAGCCGAGGAUGGUCUCUAGGACCCAUGUAUCUGAGGUUAGGUUGUGCCACGCAUCCUGGAAAUGAAACAAUCUGCCCCCCACAGGUACAAAGGGAAAGAUGCGUAAUGUGGAGUGACUCACCAUAAGGCCGACGGCCAUAGGAGGAUCCCCUGGUUCCGCGUGGAUGCCAUGAUCUGCCCCUGGUCGGGAAGAAUGGUGAUUGUGCCCUCGGUUCGGGUGGGUGGAACCGUGGUGUGGCGGAGCCUCGAUAGCCCCGGAACUGAGUCCGGGAGGGGCGGCCGGACAGACGGCCCCGCUGUCUGCCGGCCCCCCCGAAAACCUUUUGCGAGAACACUCGCUUCAUAUUAUGUUGUGCCUUAUCUAGUGCCGUAAAUGUGUUUACGUAAUUACCCAGGGUCUUAACAAAAUUGUCUCCGAAUAAGAGACCUUUUGCCUGUGUUCCAGGCUCAGAGAUUGCCAAAUGCACUAGUUUUGGCUCGAUUUUCAUCAAUAUGGCUUUACGCCGUUCCGUGGCCAAAGCGGUGUUGGCAUUUCCUAUUAGGCAUAUGCCCCUCUGAAUCCAGCCUCUGAUGGCCAUCAAGUCAAUUGGGGUCCCCCCAGUAAGGGCCGCUUCGACCAUAUCGAAGAUUUUAGCUAUAGGCCCGAGUAUGUCCAGGAUCUUGUCCUGGCAGUGUUUUAAGGAGUAGUCCAAACCCUUCUUGGCCCUCCAACCUGACUUACCCAGGAAUUGGGCGACCUUGGGAUCCACUUCAGGGGUCACGCAAGCCAUGUCUGGGACAGUGGGCCUUGGGCAUUCCGCCCUCAGCUUGCUUCUUGUGGCCUUGUCGAGGGGUUUUCUGACCCUAGUCGCAAUAUAAACGGCCACAUGAGUUGUGGGGUACCACUCCGCUGAACGCGGAUUAUGCAAAGUGUCGGGAUCAAAAAGGGGUUCCCCUUGGGGGUCUAAUACAGCGGACUCAUCCGUCUCGCGCUCCGCGUCUAAAGCUGGAGGCGCGGUGUUGCUGCGUUCGGGGGACGAAUUGUCUGAAUUAAUUGGGUCGAUGUCAUCGGACCCAUCUGAUACCUCCUCUGAGUCCGAGUCGAGUCGGACGGAUCAGAUAGGGCUUUUGCCCUCUUCCAAGUCCGCACCGUUUUUGCCCGGCGGGGGGCUCUUUUACGUGGGAGCACCACGUCAUCAAUCUCAACAGGGCGCAACCUGUCCGUCUUACUGGUUCUGGAGGUAGCACCUGACAGAUGGUGCGAUUUGCACGUAGCCUUGCGGCCACUAGGGACCAUAGGCUUGCUAUCAGUGGAUAUAGGGGGUGCCGAGCCCGGGGUGUGACCGGAUGCUCUAAUAGCAGAGGAAAUAGAGUGGGACAGGGUGUCCGACAUCGCCCCCAUGGCGGUAAAAAUGGCCUGUGUAACAGACCUACUCAUCGUGGCAUCCAGGAGCGCCUGGAACUCCUCUGAGUUCACGUGCUCCUGGGAUGCGUCCCCAACUCCCCCAGUGACAGCAGCGUCUGUAGACAAGGCUGUCUUAUCACGCUUGCUGAGUUUAUUAGAGGUGGGAGGGGGUGCAACUGUCUGUUUCUCAGCAGGGGACUGCAUAGUGAUCAGGAAUGUGCACAGUAACAGUAGAGGGAGGAAGGCACUGAAAAUAAACUGUCACUAUUGGACAAAAAUGCACACUUUCAGCACUGCAGAGGUUAAUAAACCAGCAUAUAGGGCAAGUGGCUGAGCACUUGAGUGAAAUUAAAGGCAGGCACAGUUAUAAAGAGGCACAAGUAUUUUUGGCACAUAUAAUAUGGCAGCUUACCGAGUGUUCCCUCAGGAAUGACUCCUGGGGGAUACUGGUAAGCUGCCCAACACUUCCCUCACCCAAUCAGCUCGCGCCCCUCCCUGUCAGAGUGGCGCGGACCGCGGGCGAAAAGAGCGGCAAAAUUGCCCUCAGUUAAGAUGGCCGCCGCGAUGCGCGAGUGCGGACCGCGCAUGCGCGAGCGGCAGAAACGGCCGCCAAAGAAACAGCCGCCCGUCCGGCGGCGAAAUGGCUCGUUCCGGGCCGGGGGGGGUGGGGAGGGGAUGCUUGAGUGACCCCCACCCGGGGAAGUGGAAUGAGGGACGGGUUAUAAACAACCCGGAAACGGCAGUGCAGGAUGGGGCUUGCCUCAGGGAGGAGGCAAGCACCCUGCACUGGGAAAACGGAGUAAAACAAAACAGCAGUCAAAUAUACAUAAAAAUUGAAUAAUAGACAAUGAAAAACUGAUAUUUAAAAUGAACAAUAGAAAAACAAUAAUAAUAUGAAUCAGGAGAAACUGAACAACACAAUAUUUGAGGAGCUAAAAUAUGUGGUACUUAGCUGAGGCAGCAGCAAAGAAAGAGGAAGUAGUUUACCUCACAUGAAGGGAUAUAGUACAAGGACUGAUCCUAUUGGUUAAUGGAUAUGGAAUGUUAUAUGGUUAACCCUUAAGGGUAUUUGUUUUUCUUUUUGUUAUUGCUAUAUUAAAAAAUAUCAAUAUCCUUUCUUUGCUGCUGAGGAAUAAAGAAAGAGAUAAAGCCUAAUAAGAGCCUCCGUGUCCUUUAAUAAAAUCAGGGCUUGCGGUUGGUAUAGUUCGGUAGUUUUUAAAAACCGUACAUCAAUGUUCUUACCCUGGAGCUUGUUCACCUUGUUUGUGGGAAUGUUUCCACCGAACAGUGCCCUUCUAAGUUGUAUAGAACCAAACACAGGUGAUCCUGGAAGUCAAGCGGUAUUCGGGAGUUUGUGUCCGAAAACAGUUUCAUGACCUCGACGACCAAACACCACGGCCUGCAUUCGCGGGAACAAGAUGGCCGCAGCUUUGUGGUCGUUCAUGAGAACAGCGGCCACCCAGACGAACGCUUCGGUGGAAAGUGUUAAACUGUCAAUUAGGGGUGGUCUCUGGUUCGUGCGCCUGUUUGGUUUUCCCAACCAAAUAUAAAAUCCCACGAACCAAGUCUGUUCACGUAAUUUUUAAAGGGCCCAUAGUCUUUUGGCAGGAGUCUGGCAAGCAGGCCCCUCCGAGAACACGUGUCAGAGGCACUUCUGCCACACAGACAAUACAGCUUUUAAAUAUUGAUAGGUAAAUGAAAAUUGUGUCUAUGCAUAAGCCCAUAUGACUUGUAAGAGUGUAAAAAAACAGUAAUUGGACUGCUUACAGCUGCACAUUUCUGUAAUUUUAAAGUGGGUUAUUUGCCUCACACCCUUCAGUGCCAUUUUGUCUUUAAAACACACUAUGCCAAGUACGUAUUACAAGCUCUUAGAAAGUAUAAAUAAAUCCCAUUUGCAACUUUAACAUAAAAAAAAAAAUAAAAAAAUAAAAAAAAAAAAUAAAAAACCCUACAGGGAGUGAAAACUGUUGGUGAUUUUAAAAAGUAGAAAAUGUGAAAACCUCCACAGCAGCCAUUUAUUCUGCCAUCUAAAAUGUGCAAUCAUGUUUAAAAAUGAGAAUCUAAAUCCUAACUGCUACAGAGGUAAUAGUAUAGGCAAAAGUGUAGUCUUCAGUUGAGUUAUAGAUUGGACACACCCACAUGAUUUUGCUAAAAGUAAUAGGAAAUUUACGACACUUAACAUCUCCAAAUGUCAAAUGUAAAAAUGGAUUACAGUCAAUUGUGAAUUAUUUAGGUUGACACAUUCUGCUUGCAUUUAAAAGUGUGUGUGUGUGUAUAUAUAUAUAUAAUGUGUGUGUAUACAUACACCCACACACACCACAAACUUUUAGUCUAAAUAACCCCACAAAAUAACCCCACAAAAGCAGAUAUCAUGAGCAGUUUAAACCAAAAGGGAUAUAAGGAUAAGAAAGCAAAAAACAGGGCUGUGAUAAUUACAAUUUGUAGUACACUUAUAUCAUUUGAUGCCUCUGACUAAAUGUGCUGAACUAUUUACCUUGUUAAAUAAGCACUAAUGGACUACUAUCUAAAGAAAGUAAUGUGACUGACAGAAAAAUCAUUAUAUAUGAUAUAUUUGUUUCCCGUCACAUGCGUUAUUGGUUUAUAUGGUUCAGAAUCCCUUUAAAGAAAUUUUAUCUUGCAUAAUCCGCAAAAGAACUACUACUCAUGGUCCUCUUGAUGGGGAAUAAUCAGGUACUUGUCAAAUGAACUUAUAUAUUCAAAAUGUAUGGUAAAGAUGGCUAUGGAUGGGUAAUUCUGCUUCAAGUCUUUUCACUUUGCCUCUUCCAUUUUUUUCCCCUCUGUUAGCCCUCAUUUUUUGUGGUUUACAACAUGGUCACUACAGAAGUCAUUGCAGUUUUUGAGAACACAUCGAAUGAGCUGCUAGAAUUAUUUGAAAACUUCUGUGACUUAUUUCGAAAUGCUACUCUUCACAGUGAGGCUGUGCAGUUUCCCUGCUCUGCUUCCAGCAACAACUUUGCUAGGCAGAUACAACGCCGGUAAGAAUUUGCCUCCAUUGAUCAAAAUGCGUUCUAUUAAAAUUUAUUUGCUGUAGUUUUAAACAAAGUAGAAAGUAAUAGUAGAUGUUAAAGGGGGAGGGAGGGGAGGUUGGUACAGCCAAAUAAAUUCCUGCUCCUACAUUAUCUAGAGAAAAUGUUUAAUUUGCACUUCAGCAUUGCCUAUACAAUUAUACCCACGUUUGAAAGGCGAUAGGCUAUGAACUCAGUUAAAGUCACCAUAACAAAAGCUUAAUGUAGUUGUUCUGGUGUGAUGUAGCACGGGUGACUUUAGUUGUCUUUCAAACUGAAAAGCUGAAUACACAUUUUAUAUUAACCUUGUUUUAUUUAUUUUUUUAUUAUUUGUACAUGUAGUUGAAUAUUUUCUUUAUACUUUAAAGUAACGCUAUAGUGACAGGAAUAUAAACAAGUAUUCCUGUCACUAUAGUGUUAAAAACACUUGGAAAAGGUAAAAAGCUUGCCCUUAUUCCAGCACCGGGCGGAUAUGCCGCGGCUGGUUCUGCCUCCUUGGUCAGGAGGCUAAUGUGCAUGUGCGGCAAAACGCUGUGCCAAUCAGCAUCUCCUUGUAGAGAUGCAUUAAAUCAAUGCAUCUCUGAGACUUGUUCAGUGCUUCUAUGCAGGGGGUGGAGACUGUGAAUGUCAGUUCUGCACAUUGUGCAGCACUGAUCCAGAAAGCACCUCUAGUGUCUUUCUAACUGCCACUAGAGGUGUUACUAGACAGUAAUGUACACACUGCCUUUUCAUUAAAAAGUCUGCAGGGAUAGGCAGUAGACACCACAAGAACUACAUUAAGCUGUAGUUGUUCUGGUGACUACAGUGUCCCUUUAAUUUUAAUUCCACUGUCAUUUUGGUACAUUAUAUUCAGUACUAGUUUAUAUAUUAAUAAUAUGAAAACACAAGAGGCUGAUCGUAUUGAUAGUUCAGUAUUUGACGUGGUAUUUUUAACAGUUUAUUAACACAAAAUUAGGGUAGCAUUCUAUUUGUGAAAUAUUUUAUUGCCUUAUAUUUUAACAAAAAUCACUAGAUAAUAUGAAAAUAUUUUAAAGAACACUGCAAGCGCCAUUCCCUUCCUCCUCUCCACAUCAAAGCUGUCAGCUGGAAAUGCAUGACUUAGCUCAUUCCCUGAAGGGCUGGAAAUGCAUGACUUAGCUCAUUCCCUGAAGGGUUUAGCUUAGGAGAGCUAACAAAAGCUCCUACCACGAGCUUCCAGUUUUCCCUUGUUGCUGAGAGGAGGCAUGGAGAUGCAAGUCGCAGACCACAAGUAAUGAGCCAAACUGCUAUAGUGGCUGUGGUGAUUGGAGUGUUUCUUUAGCCGCAAAAGGUACAUUUAGCUUUCACCACAGGACGCAAUGUGGUUUCAUAUUAUUGGCUUAACUAAUAAAUUACGUUUAUCAAAUGCCUCCUUCUGAUUAAUCUUCCAGAGGCAAGGCAAGUGAAAUACACCAUACUGUAAUCACUUUUUAUUAUCAUGAUUUCUGUAAUAUAAUUUAGCAUUCUAACUUCUCCCUAUAGCUUUUUUUAACCUAUGAUUCAUGCUUUAGGUUUAAAGACACUAUUGUGAAUGCAAAGUAUGGUGGCCAUACAGAAGCAGUGAGGCGGCUGCUCAGCCAGCUUCCCAUUAGUGCCCAGUCUUAUAGCGGAAGCCCUUACCUUGACCUCUCUCUCUUCAGCUACGAUGACAAGUGGGUCUCUGUAAUGGAGAGGCCAAAAACAUGUGGAGAUCAUCCAAUCAGGUAUGAAUUCGAAAACAUAAUGUACUGGAAAUUCGAGAAAUAAUUUUAUCAAGAAGAAAAAAGUAAAUAUUGGCCUUAAUAGUAACAUAUUUUAGUAGCAUAUCACUAUUCACCCAAAAUGAGAAUAUCAGUUAUUUAAUGUUGGAUAAUAAGAGUAUAAAAUUGGUUAAUUUCUUGUUAUUUUUAAAAGGCUGGUUUACUUAGGAUACAGGGGAAUUUUACAGUGAGGCAUAUGGUGUCUCUGGGACUCUGGCCACAUGGCUAUUAAAUGGGUAUGUUUUAAUCUGGCCAAGGGGCUUUGGGAUCAUCUAUAUCAGGGGUUCCAAAUGAAUUAUUCCUGUGGAACCCCCAAAAAAUGUUGGUACCAUAGCGCAGAUACUAAACAGAUAGUAGUACUUAGGAGCAGGUGUGCUUUUGUGUGUUUGUAUAUAAUGUUAGCGUUUUAAUACAGGGGUGUGUUUGUAUAUAAUGUUUGUAUUUGCGUGCAGGGGUGUGCUUGUAUGUAGUGUUAGCUUUUAAAUGCGGAUGUACAAUUGUGUGUAGUGUUAGUGUUUGAAUAAAGGGUGUGUUUGAGUGUUUGUAUUAUGAAUUUGAAUCCAAGGUUUUUUUGUUUGUAUGUAAUGUUGGUUUUUGGAGGAGUGUGUUUGCAUGUUGUGUUCGAUUGCUGGGAUGUAUGCACAUAUGAUUGCUUUACCUAUGCCAUGUACCUACGUACACAAACAAAUUAACUCACAGACACACAUAUAAAAACAUUGACACAGGCACACAUUAAUUUACACAAAGAUACACACCUUGACACACAGAUACACACAGUGACACAUACACACAAAUAUAUACACACACACACACACACAUACAAACACAUAUACACUAUCACUGACAAGCACACACACACUCUCAGCGACCAAACUCCUUAACAGACACACAUAUACACACAAUUUUAUUUUUAAAAUUUCAGUCCACCCAGCCUCCCUAACUUUGGGAGUGCUGGCAUGGUGUCUCUAUUUCCCUGGGGUCCAGUGGGACUUCUGGGCUGAGCAGCUGGCUUGCAGGCAUACAGUACGGGAGGCGAGGGAUCUUUCUGCUCCACUCCCUCGCACGCCGCUUAGUGAUGCGGGGGGCCGGAGUGACGUCCUGCUCCGGCAUCACUGUGGUGCGUGUAUGGGAGCUGAGCAGGGGAGAGUGCUCUCUCGCCGCCUGUCUCAAUUAUCAGCGGUAGCCAUUUUGUUUCCUGAAAUUGCGGUGGAACCCCAUUUGUGUUUUUGCGGAACACCAAUUGGGAAACACUGAUCUAUAUGGGAGUGAUAUCAAUCUUCAUCUUAAGAUCGUUGAACAGGUUAUUAUAAUAGAGGGGGGAUUAGUGACUGAUUUUCUCUUCUCCCUAGGCAUAUGGUGGUAGACUUCCGCAUAGGUGAAAACGUUGAGCAAAAUGCUGUUAGUUUGCAUUAAACGUCUUGAAUCUGACCUCUAGUUUUCUAAAUUAUUCUGUUUGAUUCAUGAUACUCCAUGUUGUUUCUUUAUUCUCAAUGGAUACAGAAGCACCAUAUCCCUUCUCUGUGGUCUUUAAAAGUUCAUGUUAACAUGAAUAUGUAAACUAUUAUUUGGAAUUGGCCAGUUUCUAUGAUGGGGAGUACUGAGGUAUGAAGAAGCACAGGUUUUUCUACGUAAUAAAUUAUUAAAAUGGGGUAAUGCUUUCAAUUUUCCUUUUUAAUUCUACCCAGAUAUUGUUUAAUCAUCUUGGAAAAUAACCCUGACUAUAGCACGUCCAUUUUUAAGCUUUCACCAAUAUGGAUUAAACAGGUUUGUGUGUUUUUUGUGGCUUUUCCAUUCAUGUGUGCUUUUUAGCUAUUAAUGCAUUGAUUUCGAAGAUGAGGAUUUGAAUGACAAAUUUUAUGGCAUCCAAAGCAAAAACAGAAUUACAGCUGAGCGGAAAAUCCAGGUAACUGCCAGCAAGGGUUUUCAACAAAGCUGAUAUAAAAUGCCUCCAAGAAUGUUCUUGUUAAAUAUCGCACUUCCAUACAUAAACUACAUGGUGCACAGUAAUUCCUUCUCAUCAUGCCAUUUAUUUAGUUGCUUGAUUGUUGUACUGCUUCUAUAGACAAACCGAGUGAAAGGAACCAAGAUAGCCUGACAAUCCUGCUAGUUAUGGACACCUGUAUGUUAAUUUGAAGUAAUCUCAUGCUUCUGACCACAUUUAAUGUUCGUAAAUGAGCAUAACUGCUUUGAAAUAAUCUUUGAUUACUAGCUGUUUAAAUUAUAUUUCUAGUCGCAGGCACCAUUGUCAGAAAUGACAGGGAGUUUGCCUUGUAUGCAGCAAAUUACUUCACAUCAGAGAUUUACAAACAUAAUUUUGGUCAUGUUUUGAAAAGAAAAAGCGUUCUUCAAAACAGAAAAUACAUGCAAUUGCUUUUCUAAAUUACCCAUAAAACAUUGUUUUGAUCCCUAAUGUGUAGAGCAAGGAAUUUGAAGAAUUUUAGUACUGCUAUAUUUUGCAUUGGGGGAUAUAUCUAUAUAUCUAUGUAUCUGUAUCUCACUCUCAAUAGAUACUUUUAUACAGAUUUCACUCCUGACACGUAAAGAAAUUUAGCCUAUUGAGACACAUAAAGUACUACAGCUCAUUGAGAAGCAUUUGAAAACCAUGUUUGCAUGCGCGACUACACCACAGCGGGCUGUCGCUGUAUUCUCUUGCACAGACUUUCAAUCUGUGCUAUGGAAAAAGGGGUUGUAAAGACUGCAGACAAAGUCUCUAGCUUUUGCAGGCUGUUUUUUCAUAUCCCCUCAAGGAAAACAUGUGGGGACAAUGACAUACAUGUGUGUAUUGGGGUAUAGCUACUAAAUAGUUACAUAUUAAUGGAUUGUUCCUUGAAUGGUUCUGUUUUUUAUCUUUUAUAUUAUGUGGUGUUGGUAUUAUUGUAUUUUCAUUUUGUUUUGAUAAUUGGUUCCACUGGAGUGUGAACAAUUGUAUGUUACUAUCAUUACAACUAUUUUGGCGUGAAACACAUACAUACUUUUGUUGGGGUCACGUACUAAUGAACAUACCCAGGCACAUGUGCAUAAAAUGACCAAAGUGACCAAAAGUGGAAAAUGCUAGCAUGCACAAAUACUAUAUACAUAUGUGGAAAUAAACCUUAACAAUCCAAAUGUUCAAACAAAAGAAACUAGUGUAUAAAAAGAAAGCAGCACUAAAUCACAAAGUGAUAUAUAGUGUGACAAAAUCGGACCAAACUAACAGUGGUGCUCUAGAAAUUAAACUUAAUAGAUGGUUUUAUCAAAACCAAGUCUAUGAACAAUAAUACAAACACAUAAUAGUGGAGCCCAACCAAUCUUAAACAUAUGAAUAUAGUGAAAUUAUGUCAACAGUGACGCGUUUCACCCCCCACACCCUUUGGCUUCUUUGAAGUCAUCUCCCAUUUCAGUUCUUGUAUGCAUUGCAUCGACCCUUCCUCUCCUAUUGAUUGGGGGCGCUGUUACCAUCAAGAGAACCAAAGAUUCAGUCUUUGCUAAAUUUAUUUAUUACAGAUCUUUCUAUCACAAGUAUUUACAAUGUACAGUCAAAGAAAUGUAUUCACAUAUUAAAGCACAUAAAAAGGAAUAACGACAAGAGGGAUUAAUCUUAUUAAAAUUAAUUUUCUAUUACUUCUUGUCAAAGGGGUUAUGUCUCAUAAAAUCCUUUUUACAUAUUUAUUAUAGAAUAUAUUGGUUGGUACAGCACCCUCCUCUGUAGUUUUGUGGCACUGUGUUCUGCACUGGGAUAUUUGCAGUGAAAUACAGCCAACACAACUGUUUAUUUUUUAAUAUUUAUAUCUUGAUAAAGCCCUAUUUAUUUCAUGCAAACUUUAAUACACUGAAUAUGAUUUCACAAAAUCCAGUGAGUGAGUGCUCUCCUCUUUUUGUUCUUUAUAACACCGUGGUCUGAGUAACACCGUGGUCUGAGUAACACCGUGGUCUGUGUAACACCGUGGUCUGAGGUAAUAUAUUUAUUUAUACUUUUGGGCAGAGUGCCAGAUCUCUCUCCCCUCUCAUUCUAUGUUAAAUUUUGCCUGGCUGCAAAACCUGCAUUGUAAUAUAGCUAUUAAAAUACAGUGCACAUGUUGGUCUUCAUAAAAUGUUUGAGAGAUCACAAACGGCCAGAAAGUGUCGAAACGUCGUUCUUGUGUGUGUGUAUAUGUAUAUAAUAUAUAUAUAUAUAUAUAUAUAUAUAUAUAUAUAUAUAUAUAUAUAUAUAUAUAUAUAUAUAUAUAUAUAUAUAUAUAUAUAUAUAUAUCUCUAUCUGUCACUAAUUCGAAUAAACACUUUAUGAAGACCAAAAAGUACACCUCCUUCUAUUACAGAUGUGUGUGUGUGUGUUUUUUUUUUUUUAUAAAUAGGCUGCAUUAUUGAAUUUCUACCUAUUCUUGCCGAGAUAUUCAGAUUUGUUGCUUGGCAACAUGUAACGAAAAUCUUUGCAAACACAUACUCUGCAGAUCUUCAUUUUAGUUAAGGGAAGUAUGCACAUUUACAAAAUGCUGGUGUGAUGAUACCCCGCUUAUGCUGUAGUUUGCAUUGUAAUGAAUAUGCAGUUUAAACAUAUAAUUAAACUCUUACCAAACUUCUCCAGAUACUGGUUGGGUAUAGUACUUGAAACACACAAAAUGAUAACCAAUGACACUUGUUGCGAUGGGGCAUGACAUUCCAUCAUGUUUGGUCACUGUCCACCUAAUUUGGAGCAUGUUGUAAAAAUUAAUACAUUUUAAUGCAAAAAAAAGUAACUGUAUUUUGCAUGAAAAUUGGUAUUUACAAUUAGUCAACACUAUCUACGUCACAGAAUAUGAGUAUAAAAAGUUUAACUGGAAGAAAAAAAACAAAAAACCAUUGACCCUUACAAAAAAGAUAAUGAGAAAUAAUACAUAGAUUCUAAUCCAGAAACCGUAUGAGAGUCGCUGUAUUUCCUGGUUAUAGCUGUAGUCCUAAGCGGUGUUAAAGGACCACUCUAGGCACCCAGACCACUUCAGCUUAAUGAAGUGGUCUGGGUGCCAGGUCCAGCUAGGGUUAACCCAUUUUUUUUUUUUUUUUUAUAAACAUAGCAGUUUCAAAGAAACUGCUAUGUUUAUGAAUGGGUUAAGCCUUCCCCCAUUCCCUCUAGCGGCUGUCUCAUUGAGAGCCGCUAGAGGCGCUUGCGUGCUUCUCACUGUUGAUAAUGCUUUCCUAUGCGACCGGCUGAAUGCGCGCGCAGCUAGCCGACUGGGAGGAGAGAAGGAGGAUCGGAGGAGGAGAGCUCCCCGCCCAGCGUUGGAAAAAGGUACGUUUUUACCCCUUUCCCCCUUCCAGAGCUGGGAGGGGGUCCCUGAGGGUGGGGCACCCUCAGGGCACUAUAGUGCCAGGAAAACGAGUAUGUUUUCCUGGCACUAUAGUGGUCCUUUAAUGCAAAACUAUAGGAUAAGAGCAGAAAUCUUGGUUAAAUAAGAUAAAUGUAACCACUUACAAGUGAGCUUCUAUGCCUGCAAAUAUGUAUCAACUCAGCGAGAAAGGACUAUGUCCAGAUGGAGGAAAUCCUUAAACAAAAUGUGCUUUAUUACGUUGGCUAAAAAGGUAAAGCCUCUACUGAAUCCCCAAUAAACUAAAGUUAACUACAUAAAAAACACACCAGGUCAUCCCAGAGAUAAAAAGGUAAGUGCUAUGUCAUCUGCCCUAGCUGAAUAAACAGGAAAUUAAUUCCUAGGUAUAGACAUAAUAGCCAGAUAAUACCAAAUUACUAGAAAUAGAUAGGUAUAAUUGAAGGUAUUAGUCAAAUCCUUCAAUGUGAAAUAACAAUAGUAUAUGUUUUAGUAUCCCUGAAACAGACCUGGGAUAUAGAUGGGUAUUAGCCAGAUAUAGGGUAUAUAGGAGGAUAGUAGUAGAAGGUAUUAUGCCUGUCAAAAAUUGAACUGGCAAUAGUUAACUAGCACAGCCUAUCUCCCUGUCAAACUAGCUAUAUAGGCAUAGAAUGCAUAAAUGAUAGAAAAAGGUUACAUGAAAUUAUUCAAACGUGCUUAAAAAUAAACAGUGCAGUGCCCAUAAGAAAAAACGCCCGACGUGCGUUUCGGUGCAAUACUGAGUGCACCUUCGUCAGGGCAAAGCGGUGUACUGAUAAGAGCUCCCAUUUUAUAUUAGAUAUCCCCAGUGUAUCCACAUUUGGGUAGCCAAUCCCGAGAUCAGCUAGCAUAGAGCAAUCAUGUGUGAACAAUUACCUCCUAAUUAUUCUCAAUAGAUAGAGGACCUCGCACAGAUGCUAUUGGUCCAGAUAGACUGGCCGGGGAGGUCUUCUAGGUAUUAAACCUCCUCCCCCCUCCCCCCCAUGUGGUGCGUUCAUCAUUAUUAGCCACGUGCACAAUGCCAAUAGGGGAUCAAGGGGUGAAGCGGGUGAUCUAAGUACCCGUUCAUCCAAGUGAGGUCAUCCAGUACGGUAAUGUAGCUUGACGUGUGUGUGUGUGCGCGCGCGCGUGCAUAGUGGGGGCUAGAUGGUUCAUCCCUCCCCACAUGCGAGCCUUCAAUACGGCAUCGGGGCGGAGUUAAAGCUUGUCAGAACGAAAAUAUCUGCCCCUCUUGACAAGCCGCCAGGUUUCAAAGGCCAAUAUAUUACACUACAGUUCUCUAGUGGGAGUUUGAAGUCACACCAAAAUCUGUCAAAUGUAUAAUGAGAGGCAAGAAGUAGGCUAUAUCUGCUUAUAAUAUAAAGAAACCCAUAGUAACAUUUAGUGUGACGUUAAGAGAGACUUCUAAAUGUUGUACUCAUCCAACUUGUAAGUGGUUACAUUUUCUUGUUGGUGUAUCUUAUUUAACCAAAUCUUAUUUAAUCUGCUCUUAUCCUAUAUUUUUGCAUUAACACCACUUAGGACUACAGCUAUAUCUAGGAAAUACAGUGGCUCUAAUAUGGUGUCUGGAUGAGAGUCCAUGUGUUAUUUCUCAUUAUCUUUUUUUGUAUAAUUUACCAUAGGAUUAAGCUCUUAAAGACCCCCGGAGUCUCAUUUAGGUGCUUUGGGUAACUGGCUCUCACUUUGACACAUAGUGUCACGGUGAGGACCAUUUAGUUGUCCUAUUCUUUGGUUCGUUUUUCACUGAUGACUUUAGUUGAAUUUGAAUACCCUAUUUGGUACUGAGAGGAAGUGUCAGCCUGUCUCUUCCUCUCAGUUUAAAUAGAAAGCGCCUUGACUUAAAUAGAGAACGCUAACUCCACAAGUUGGAGAUGAAGCCGUACUGUCUGUCAAUCCCCGGGAUCGUGAUCAAGUUCCCGGCCACCUAUGCUGCGGGGAGUGGUGGCUUCUCUGGCUCCAGAACCUCAGGAUGAUGAGGUUUUGGCUCAGGCAGCCGGGGCACGACCCCCAGAGAUAUAUCGGGUCUGUUUGCCUUUAACAAGAUGAAGAGGAUAUGGCUGGCUGAGGGUGACAAGUACCCCAUGGAGGGGUGGGGGAGGUCCUGCUUGUUGUAGGCUUGGGCUGGCUUUACUCUCCCUCUCUGUUCCUGUAUGUGAGGGGUGAGCCAGAGAUGCUCUAAAACCCCUAUCUCUCGAUGGAAGGCCUGGGUAUCCUUCCCCCACUAUAGUGUAAUAAGAACCCCACCUACUUACCAUAGGGUUACAUGGGACCCUUAAAUGUGUGGAGCAGAGGAAAAUUGUGGGGUAGAGACCUCCCCCCAGCUACUGAUCAUAGGGUUACAUGGGACCCCAAACAUUUUAAAAAACUGUGGAUUUUUCACAUAAGGUAGUCUUACAUUCAGGCUUUUUUUUUUAUUUUUCUUUUUUUAUAAACGAGAUCCAAAAUUUGGGGGAAUCGUCUUAUAAGCAAGCAAAUAUGGAUACAUGUAAAAGUAUCUGUUUUACAUUCAUUGCUUCAGAACAUAUGCAUUUAAUAGCAGUGCCAUUCUCAUUUUUUUUUCUUCCUUUAUUAAGAACAUACCAUCCAAUGUUUUUAAUGGACAAAGAGGAACACUUUAAUUCAGGUAUCUGGGUGGAGUUUUGUCCAGGGGCAGAGGGCUAUAUGGAAAAAUGUUAGGUGACUUACUAAUAAAAAUAGAUAUACAAGGUGUUCUGUGCUAUAAGGCGUUUAAAUAAAGAUAGAGAUGCUCUUUGAUGUAGCAGCUUUCACACAAAAAUAGGAACUCUCUAAUCCUAGUACAAUAUGGUGCAAAAGAAAACACGAUUUUAACAAACAAGUGUCAAAUUAGUGCAAGUGUGUAGCUUUGAAGGUGAAUUACUUGCUCCCAAAAUGAUAGAAACAUAGAAUGUGACGGCAGAGAAGAACCAUUCGGCCCAUUUAGUCUGCCCAAUUUUCUAAAUACUUUCAUUAGUCCCUAGCCUUAUCUUACAGUUAGGAUAGCCUUACGCCUAUCCCACGCAUGCUUAAACUCCUUUACUGUGUUAACCUCUACCACUUCAGCUGGAAGGCUAUUCCAUGCAUCCACUACCUUCUCAGUAAAGUAAUACUUACUGAUAUUAUUUUUAAACCUUUGUCCUUCUAAUUUAAGACUGUCCUCUUGUGGUAGUUUUUCUUCUUUUAAAUAUAGUCUCCACGUUUACUGUGUUGAUUCCCUUUAUAUAUUUAAAUGUUUCUAUCAUAUCCCCCCUGUCUCGUCUUUCCUCCAAGUUAUACAUGUUAAGAUCCUUUAACCUUUCCUGGUAAGUUUUAUCCUGCAAUCCAUGAACCAGUUUAGUAGCCCUUCUCUGAGCCCUCUCUAAGGUAUCAAUAUCCUUCUGAAGAUACGGUCUCCAGUACUGUGUACAAUACUCCAAGUGAGGUCUUACCAGUGUUCUGUACAAUGUCAUGAGCACUUCCCUCUUUCUACUGCUAAUACCUCUCCCUAUACAACCAAGCAUUCUGCUAGCAUUUCCUGCUGCUCUAUUACAUUGUCUGCCUACCUUUAAGUCAUCAGAAAUAAUCACCCCUAAAUCCCUUUCCUCAUAUGUUGAGGUUAGGACUCUAUCAAAUAUUUUGUACUCUGCCCUUGGGUUUUUACGUCCAAGAUGCAUUAUCUUGCACUUAUCCACAUUAAAUGUCAGUUGCCACAAUUCUGACCAUUUUUCUAGUUUACCUAAAUCAUUUGUCAUUUGGCUUAUCCCUCCUGGAACAUCAACCCUGUUACAUAUCUUAGUAUCAUCAGCAAAAAGACAUACCUUACCAUCAAGACCUUCUGCAAUAUCACUAAUAAAAAUAUUAAAGAGAAUGGGUCCAAGUACAGAUCCCUGAGGUACCCCACUGGUGACAAGUCCAAGCUUCGAAUAUAUUCCAUUAACUACAACACUCAGCCACUGCCUUACCCAUUCAACAAUAUUGGAAUCCAAACUUAAAUAUUGCAGUUUAUUGAUAAGCCUUCUAUGUCCAACAGUGUCAAAAGCCUUACUGAAAUCUAGGUAAGCAAUGUCUACUGCACCACCCUGAUCUAUAAUUUUAGUUACCCAAUCAAAAAAAUCAAUACGAUUAGUUUGGCAUGAUCUCCUGAAGUAAACCCACAUUGUCUCUGAUCUUGAAAUCCAUGUGUUUUUAGAUGUUCAUCAAUCCUAUCCUUUAACAUGGUUUCCAUCACUUUCCCCACUACUGAAGUAAGGCUUACUGGCCUGAUAUAGGAAGUAUGCAGAUAACUGCAGAAAAAAAGGAUAUAUAGUGUAACACUAUAAAACUUAGAGUAUGUACUUUAAUUGGAAGAACUCACGUGGUCUGGAGCCUAUUAUGGACUGGCUCUAAUCACUUGAGCCGUUGUGUAUAUUUGAUUUUUUUAAAAAGAUUUUUGGAUAGAAUAUAAUUUUUUAAUCAGAACAUACCAUCUGGUUGACCAUUUAUCCUGCUACAAGAAGGGCAGAGUCACCCUAGAACAGGACUCAUACACUCAUAUACUUAGAGCCAAGUGAGAAGCAACCUGUAUACCAUACUUGAUUAAGGAUUUCUGCACCAGGGCAAGUUUCCCUGUCUCUCUUCCCUCCUUUUUCUGUUUACAUGUCUCUGAGGAAUAUCCUAUACGUGGAUUCAUAGGGUGUUUACUAAUAAAAAUGCUUGCAAUUUAAAAUAAAUACAAUGUAUCUCAUUUCCACACUAAUUUCUAAACAUUUAUUGUAGUUUAAAGACAUAUACUGUUAGUAUUAUUGCUGUGGAGCUCUGUUAUACACUCAAACACAAUAAUAUGGAGCUCCUAGAAAAAAAGGGACUUUAGGAUACAAAUUAGGUACUUCAUUUCUAAAAGUAAAGACAAUGUGUUGUGCAAAUCUGCUUUUGUAAAUUAAAAGGAAUGUCAGGAGGAUACUUUAAAUAUACAUAUACGGGGUCAUGGCUUGGCCGAAACCGUUGAUGGCCGCAUAAGCAGAGAGCUCCGACCAGGCAUCCAACCUAAAGCACACAUAAACCGCACCAGCGCAACUACAAACCAUACUUGGUAGCCCACUAACCGCCUGGAACGUGCACCCGUCAGCCUAAAAAAAAAAAAAAAGCAAGGGAGUCUGCUCUCACAACUUUCUGGCCGGCCGGUCAGAAACACGCUGAGACACAAGAUGGCGCCUCUAGCGGCACGCGCAAGACGCGUGAAGAUAGAGGAUGUCGCCUCGGAUUCCUCAGCCUCUUGCUCUGAGGACACUGCUCACAUACUCGCCCAGAUGAAGGCGGACCAGACUUCCUUGCGGGGGAGAUGGAGCGCAACUCCAGAGAGAUGAGACCGGAGAUCCAGGCCCUGGGAACACGCACAGCCUCACUAGAGGCCAGAGUAGAGGCAGUAGUACAGGCCUACAACGAAGUCUUACUAGACCAAGUGGGAACCCAGGCUGCAGGAGCUUGAGGCUGCAAUGAAAAACAUAAAUAAUAGAUCCAGCCAAAUAAUAUUCGGCUAAGGGGGAUUCCGGAAGUGGACCGGGGUGAUGGAGAAAGUCCUAGGAAUCCUCAGACCCCCUCCUGCCAGACAUCCAAAAUGGCAGGUGGGAACUAGACAGGGCCCAUCGGGCCCUCUGCGCACCACGGAAGGAGGGAAACCAACCCAGGGACUUCAUUGUUCGCUUCCUCUAUUAUGCUACAAAAGAGGCAGUAAUCUGCAGAAGCAGAGACAUGGAAAUACAAUACAAGGGACACUCAGUCCAAGUGUACCAGGACCUCUCCCCGGUCACUCCGGUGAAAAGACGGGCGUGGAAGCCGAUAACGGAAGCCCUGAAAACACUAGGCGUCGAGUUCAAAAUACUUGCAUUUCACAGUGGCUGCACACAUGUCCUGCACCCGUCUGGUGACCCAGCAAAUUCUUGCCAUUCCUGGGCAUUCCUAAACCGCCAGGGGUGAUGGAACUCUUCCAGAGGCCCAGCCCACCGGCACCACUACCACAAGAAUGGAUGGGUGGGAGCGCUCCCUAAACUCCGGAACCCCAGCGGGAACCCCCGCUGCCUCAGUUGGAGAAAAACCACAGACUCAACUCCCCCAUUGCACUCAAUAUGACCCCUGAAAGGCCCCCUGGAACUUCCUCUACCGAUUGCAGGGGCGUUGCUCAAAACUGAAGUCCCCUCCAUACAAGAGGUAACUGGGAAAAUUAAGGACAACCACGCCAUGGAUGAGCUCAAAGCUGCCAAAGUGAGGAACUCUGAGUUUGUGAGCCCUGGAUGGAUUACUUAAAUACAACUGACUAAGGGGUUGCGGGCGGCAGCGAUGGACACUCCAUACUCUCUUCCCCUCUCCCUUCUAUUAAUUUCGGUACUGUCCUUUGGGCCGCCUGUGGAGUCCACUCCGGGCAUAGCCAACUGGAGUCGUGGCUUUCGGCCCACAAAGAAGCAUUGAUGGGUGCCCCUCGGGGGAGGCCUAGGAGGGGUGAUAGCGGAACCGCUGGGGGACGACAUAGAACACUCUACGGGGGGACCAGUAGCCCGGCGCUUCUCUUCCAGGGACGCACCCCACAGUGGAGUAACAGACUGCAAACAAGCUCACACACCCCAGGGGACACAUCCCUCUUCCUCUUCUUAAACAAACCUAAUCUCUUUCCUACCUCUAACUCUCCUUUUCUACUUAUGUUCAUAUGGUUCGUUCUGCAUUAUCUUAUGCAGCGGAAAAGUACUGGAUAGCAUGUGCUCGAAUACAGGCCCGAAGGCAAAAUCAAUUAACAUGACCUGUAAUAACCAACAUCUGUUUUGCACCUGAAAGAACAUAAUGUCGUGUCCUACGCUGCAAUUACCUGUUUUUGCCCAGUGAGCAAUGUCAAACCAUCUCACAUGCUGUCAGUACAAAAAUAAAGAAUUACAAAAAAAUAUACAUAAAUGCAUACAGAGAGGGUAUUUAUUUUUUUCUUUGUCAAUAAAAUGAACAGCUAUACCGUGUGAGGUCUGACAAACCGGUAUCCAGGAGGAGGCAGGCAUGCUAAAGUACAGAGUGACUGGCAAUUCCAUCGGCUCAGGGGAGCUAACGGAAGUAGGGUGUCUCAUUAAUCAUUUUAUAAAAUUUCAGAUUUCUCAUAGAAAUACAUAUUAAAAUGUGAUACUCCUAACCCAAGCUGAAGUGCUUUAUGGGUGUGGGAUGGUCCUCUAAAUGUUCUUUAGGGCUGGGAAUAUUAAAUAUUUUAAAUUGGUAAAUGUAGGUUUUUCAUUGUAUGUGUGCGUUACAAACAUGUAUACCGUCAGAUUUUAAUGGCACAAUACCUUAUUAUGGUAUUUCAUCCAUUUUCCUUUGGACAAAUGAACUUCAGCUGAUUUUAAAAGCUGCUUUGUGAAAAUUUGUUGGCAUUCAAGAAAUUUUAUAUAAUAUUAGCGAUUACGCCACUUUCAUUACACUCCUCUGGGUUUCAGAUAACAUGUGCUUGACUGCUGGUGUGUUCCCCUCCCUUUAAUAUUUAGUCUUCAAAGUGAGAGCAUAUUACACAUUGAAACAUAUUUUUUUUUUUUCCUCUUCAACAUCAGUGUUUUAAAUCAAGAAUUGGUUUCUAUGAGCAGAAUUGGAUCACGUUACCACGUAAAUUACAAAUGAUCAAUAGAUCACUUCAGUUGUAUCUUAAUUUUAGCACAUUACCAUGAGAACCUAAACACUGUGCAUGGUUUGCAUACCCUCUCGGUUUUUCAUUUAGAGCUCUCUGAUAUCUAAAUUUUGGCACACAUAUGUUACGAACAAGGAAGGAGCCUGUCUUUGUUCAGACAUAAAGAUACCCCAAAAGCUCCACUGUUCCUGUACUAGAGUUCCUACACAAUUCUUUGUAGGCGCAUGAAUGUAGAAAACCAGUUGUCAUGGUAACAGUGUUUUAUAGUACUCCAUGGAUAGGCUACACUUCAUGGCUCUUUCUUUCCUGCAUACAAUUCUUUUUUUUCCCCCUAAGCCUAGCCCAUCUGCUUUCUGCCUUUUAUCUCAAAAGGGAAAAAAAGAUGAAAUGCUAAAAUAUUGUGUAUGUGUGUAUCCUGACAGGUGGUGACAUCUUGUGUUUCAGUCAUGUGAUACCCGCUUUUAUUUGAUCUUUUCAAUAUUGCUGGUUAACGUGAACUGAUGUUUGGCUUAACCUAUUUUUAGUGGAACAAAAUAUGUGACUGUUAAAUAUUUCAUUUUUAAGGUAAUGUCUAUUACACUUUAAAAAAAAAAUAAAAAAAUUUUAGGCAAAUUAUCCAAUAUAUUAAUUGGUCCAACAUAAUACUGUUUAAAACAUAUCGUAGCACACUGCAGUUGUAACAACUAAUUGAUACAAUUGCUAAUUGGUUAUGAACAUUGUCAGCCAAUCUCAACAUUGAUUUAUCUGCGUACGGCAUGGAACACGUUUAUUUAUUUGCGUUGCAUCUUUUAAUAUUGCUCUUUUGAAGAAAAAAAAAAGCCCUAAGAAGAGGGUCAAACGCAUUGUGCUCUUUUUUUUAAUUUAUAUUUAUUUUAUCGGAACUACACGAAGGAUAGUAUGUAUAAAAUUAGCUGCUGUUUUACAUGGAUAAAGUUGUCGCAAUGUUUAAUUUAGUUUCAAGUGUAACACUCUGGAUGCUCAAAACUAACAUCUGAGAGCUGUGAUAUAGUUCUGAGCUUAUUUACCUUGAUGUGCACUAUUACCUGAUUGCUGAUUAUAUGUACUGUAUAAAUAAUUGUGUUAGGCUUUGUCCCAUUAUCGACAUACAGUCCUUUUGUUCUUUGGACUUUUUGGGGGGGUUUUUGUCUUUAUUUACCACAUUCAACCAUUAUGUGAAUGUUAUUUUAAGAGUGGACUAGAUAUUUUAGUUUGUUUUUUUAAAGUCCAACUAAUCUUAAAAAUAAUUGGCUUAUGUUAAUAGGUUAUGUAAAUAGAUGUAAUUUGCAGCUCUCUAGCAGACAACAUACUAAUGCUGGUAUCCCCAUGUGGUUUUGUUUUUAUUGCUUAAAGGACCACUAUAGGCACCCAGACCACUUCAGCUCAGUGAAGUGGUCUGGGUGCCAGGUCCACCUAGGAUUAACUCUUUCUGCUGUAAACAUAGCAGUUUCAGAGAAACUGCUAUGUGUACUUUAGGGUUAAUCCGGCCUCGAGUGGCAGUCUCAUUGACAGCUGCUCGAGGCGCUUCCACGCUUCUCACUGUGAUUUUCACAGUGAGAAGACACCAGCGUCCAUAGGAAAGCAUUGACAAUGCUUUCCUAUGGACUGGAUGAAUGCGCGCGCGGGGCUCUUGCCGCGCAUGCGCAUUCAGCCAAUGCCGUGAGAAUGGAGGAAGAGAGUCUCCAGGUAAGUGUUUAACCCCUUCCUCUCCAUCCAGCCCAGUGGGAGUGGGACGAUGAAAAGACAAAAUAUGAAGCUAAAAUGCAGUGAUAUUUUAUAUAAACACACGUUGGUUCAAGAUCCAUUUAUUGUUGUGACUACUACUGGAUUUGGUUUUCUGGGGGAUUUUUGUCUGCUGUGUUAUGAGGACAGAGUUUAAAUAAAGGAAAGCUUCUACUGAUAAUUGCAAACCACUCUAGACAUGUUGUUUUACAGAGCCUUCCACAUCAAGUAAUACUCCUAGUAUCUUACCACAAUGUGUGUACACCUCUUCACAUCCAUUUCUGCAAGUCAUUUAGUUAUGCACUGGCCCAAACCAGCUAAACAUAGUGGUUUUACAGAGACUGUCUAGUGAGCAACAGCGAUUGUUUUAUUUAAUUGAAGAAAUUGUGAAGCUUCCUUAGUAGAAACUGUAUUACUCCAGACUUGACUUGUUGAAAUGUAAGAAAACACAAAGUGUAUUCAGUUAACUUGUGAUCAAGGUGUGAUAAAUGGGGAGUUCUAUCACAAACUCUUAAAAUAGUGUGUAUGUGUAAACAAAUAAAGGGCUAAAUUAAAUAAGAAAACUAAUUGUUUAAAAUGGUAUGUGCUGAAAUGGGUUUUUUUUAUUUAUGGGCAUAAUUAUAAAUGUUUUCAUUUUUAGGACACAUACUAUUUUGUAAUGUUUCAUGUAUAUAAUUUUUGUGGAUGGAAUGUUUGACUUAACUCUAAUAUAUAUAUAUAUAUAUAUUUUAGGUUUUAUGCUAGAGAUUCCGGUCUUCUAAAGUUUAAAAUCCAGGCUGGACUUCUGGGACGACCAAUCAACCACACAGUGCGCAGGCUUGUGGCUUUUACAUUCCACCCAUUUGAACCAUUUGCUAUAUCUGUACAGCGGACUAACGCAGAGUAUGUGGUCAACUUCCACAUGAGACACAGCUGUACAUAAGAGGAGUACCUAAACAUUACCAUGCUGCCUUACGUCACACUCGUCUGUUGUGAAGACCAAAGUAAAAUGUUCCUUGUCCUUGUUAGUGAUGAAUUCUGUUUUUGUUUUUUUUGUUUUUUUUUCUUCAAGCUGCAUUGAUGGAUAAUCCCACUAUUUAAAUGAAUUGACUGCUAAAUUAUAAAGCAUUUGCAAAGUGCAUUUUGUGACUUUUACAAAUAUCUAUAUAUAUGUAAAAUUUUGUUUUGUACUAUUUCACCAGUCAAAACAGAAGCUAAUGUUCUGCUUUAUGACUUUACAAAACCAUAUUUUAUUUAGGUUACUUGAUAUGUGGAACGUUUUGUUCCUUUUUUUCCUCCUAUAUUUCCCUGUAGUCAGGUUAUGCAGGGUCAGUUCUGUUUCAAAUCUUUUGCAUUACUUUAAAUACUGUUUAACUUUUCCAUGCUGUAGUGCCAGAAACAAUGUAUUGAUAUUGCAUUUUAAUAAGACCCCUGUUAUCUAUGAACAAGGUUCUGGCAUCUUGAGCACCUGUGGGCUUUCCAGGAGUUUUAAAUACUUGCUUCUAGAGCCCACAUUGCUCAGCAGGAAUGCAGAAUAUUCUGAGGUUUUUGUGUAAAAUGCAGCAAUACAGCUUUAACAGUCCUAAGGUAUUAAACUUUCUCAGAUACAAUACGAUUAUCUUUAAAUUGGACUAUUUGACCAAGUUUGCUUCUUUCCAUAAACCUCACAAAAUUAAAGAAGCAAUCCAGACAUCAUAACCAAUACAACCCAUUGCAGGAGUACCAUGUCUCAUGGUAAAUAGUAUUUUCUAAUAGGUUCCAUGGGCACCUCCAUUUGUAAGAUAUCUAUUGCAGAGGAGAACUUCAGCUUUAGAAAUAUCCAUUACAUCCAUAUUUGAACAAAAUAAAAUUCAUUUCAGUGAAUUCUACCAAACAGAGAGAAUUGAUGUCACAAAAUAAAGCCUGAGUAGAGGUGACUAGGGGUUCUGGUGAGAAAACAGAUUGACUACUUACCAUGGAACAAUGUCGGGCCACCUCUGACACCAUAACUACUGCAGUGGGCUGUAGUAGAUAAUGAGCCUAGUCCGCCUUUAAUAAUGUGAAGCGUUUUCUAUAUUAUUGAAUUGUUAGUUUUGAAACAAACAGUAUUUUAACAACAAUAAAACCUUGACCUUUUGAAUACAAUUUUAAUGCAAAUAUGCAAUGUCUCAUCGCUAAGUAAAAAUUGUACUACUAAUAAAAUUUUAGUACAAGUAUUUUUUAUUUCUUUUAUCCGCUCAAAUGAUGCAAAUUUGCAUCAACAAGAUCCACUUCCCUGAUUCCCCUGUAUUGUUGUGCAAUAGAGGUAUUUUAGAUAUCUUCCAUAUAAUGUCAACAUUAUGCCUCCAUGGCUUAUUCAGAAAAUGUGGGCUAGAAGCACAUUAGUGUUUUUUUGAAUAAUUAAUUUAAUACUAUGGUAUUGCUUCAGAUCUGAGGAAGAAAGGAAACUCUGGAAAGCUUGUCUUUCAAAUAUUAUGUUAGUCCAACAAAAAAAAGGUAUCGUUGCAUACUGCAAUACUCUGGUAUAUUGGCAUCUUGAAUUAACUUACAGUUAAAGGAAAAAAAAACAAGUGUUCAAAGAUUGUAUUUAAACUUUUUUGUAAUGUAGUAAUGAGACGACCUCCUUGCUGCUGCUGGAUUCUCCAACCUGAUAAAAUGCUUCACAUAGCAAAGCACAACGUUAUGUGCACUUCCAACAUCUGCAUACACCAGAUGUAAAAUGGAAUACAUUUUAAUAAAGGCUUUAGUGGUUGGCAGACAGUCAAAUGAAAAUUGCAAGUUUGUGAACAGAUUAAUUUCUUAGAAAUUGGAAUGUUUUUACUUCUAUAAAGUUGUAUUCAUUACACAAUAGUUCCCUCCUAGGAGGGAGAGAGAGAAAAAAAACUUACACGUACCCGAUUCUAGCCCUGAUUCCCCUGCAGAACAUGAAGUCCAGAGUCCGUUAGGAGGCCAAAACAUGCUUAACCACCAAGGUGUGCUGCUAGUGGCUGUCUGAAAGCCACUGCAGGCAGUCUUCAUGCUGCACUUUAAUUGUAGUUUUUUUUUUUAUAGAAACUGCAAUAAUUUACAUUCCAGCACUAAGGGGCACAUGGACACUGCACCCAGACCACUUCAAUAAUUUGAAGUGGUCUGGGUGCCUAUAGUAUCCCUUGAAUGAAUGAAUAUAUGUAUAUUGUUUCAUAAAGGUAACUUAUUUUAUUGCUUUAGGAGAUGACCUCUUUUCCAAAUUACACUGGCUAAUUUGUAGGUAUUAACACUUAUGUAGCACCCUUUAAAAUCCAGGCGCACCUACCAGCGACUGACACUCUGGGAUAAUUUUUAGAACUUUGGUGUCUGAAUGGAGGAAAUUCUGUCACAUCCUUGUUUUAUUCCUCUGGCGAAACAUGUUCUCCAAAGGAAUAAUUAGGGCAACUUGCACUGUGGUUGCUGUUAAGAACAUGAGAAGAACUGCCUGUAAGAGGAGUCUAGAAAAAGUACAUUGACAGAGUUCUAUAUAGAUGCUUAAAAUGUUUAGGAACAGAAACUCUUUUCAUUUACAUAGAGGUAUCUGCUCACCUACACAUUGUGAUUACAUUUUUGUUAUUUUCCCUCUGCCUAAAAUACUCUUAAUUUGACUUGUGAAAUGCACUUUUGGCAAUUUAAGUGUUUAAAGUAUUUUUGUCACAUAAAAACACAUUGAGUAACUUCUAUGCAAAGAAUAAAACACUAAAUACAUUACUUUUUAAGUAACCUCAUAUCCCCACUCCCCCAUUCUCAGACUUGUAAAAGUGUAUAAAUGAUUAUAGUUGUACCUUCUGCACUAAAAAUAAAAUUUACGUUUUUCGUUGUGGAAUGCAAUGUUUAGCGAGAGUGGUACUUUAUUUUCUUUCUGGUUUGUAAGGUUUUGUUUUUUUGUUUGUUUUUUCUCAGUGUUAUGUAGCUUAUGUUCACAUAAAUUAACCGGUAAAUGAAACGGCACAGAAUACCUCUCCUUACCAUUACUUGCUUCUUUUCUGUAUUUGACAUUUGUGUGUUCAAUUGUGGUAUGUGGAGUAUGAAAUGUGUGAUAGUCCUAUUAAAUGCUUGAAUGCAUCAUUUCAUAUUUUCUAUCACUCUUUUAAAUGGUUUAUGUACACUAGAUUUGAUCAUAAAACAUUAUCUAUUUAUUUAACCCGUAAUGGAAUCAAAUGCAUUAAAAUGGAUUAUAUAAAUCUUCCCUAUAUAAAGAAUGUUAAGCAACCUUUACUUUAAAAAAAUAAAAAUAAAAGCUGUUAAAGCAAGCGUAGAGGCAAUGUAUGUAACAAAAGGCAUAAACCAUUUUUGCUAAGCAUCUUGCAUAACAAUCCCCACUUUAUGUCAAAAACCUUCCAACCUUGAGGUUUAACAGGAACUUUGUCUCUGUUUAACUUGUCUUUGUUUUCUGAAGGUGAAAUCUGUGUGGGUGUGAUAAUACUAAGUAAAUAUAUUUUUAUACAUUUUUUUUUUUUUUAAUGUAACAAGCUAGUGGUAGCAAGAGUGCGUUUUCUAGCCUGAUCACUUUGCCAUUAUACAUUUUAAACUCCUGUUUUGGCUGCAGUUAGAGAAAAUAUUUUAUUUUUAUUGCUGUAAAAAUAUACGUGCAAAAGGUAGAAAAACCUGCUGUGUAAAGUAAACCUCUUUAUAAAAUGUUUUUUUAAACAAUGCCAAUGUAUAGCCAUAUAUAGUGAUGUAUAUUUUAUAUACCCUUGUGUAUACAUUUCUGAUAUUUGUUUUAAUUUAAAUAAAGUUUGUUUUUUAAUUAA